GAGACGCGCGCCUACAGAAACAAACGGUUGCGGAAAGAAACGGUGCACAAAAUCCCUCUAACGGACAAAAACCUCAAGCUCUUCGUCUGUCCCCGAGUUGUCCACUCCAGCCGCACAUCUAGACCCAAAUAAGCACCCAAUGGAAGUGCAUGAAGACAAACAACAUCAGUUUCAAAAACCUCAUCGUUUUACGAAUGAAGAAGGAGAUGCAGUCAUUUCACAGACGGAAAUGAAUUUCACACAAAAACAAGCUGGAAGAACCGGAGUCAAAGGAUCUUUCACCUGUUCUGAUUGUGGAAAGAGUUACAGAGAUAAAAUAAACCUUACGAGACACAUGAGAGUUCACACUGGAGAAAGACCAUUCACAUGCAAUCAGUGUGGGAAGAGAUUCAUUCAAAUAGGACACCUAAAUGUGCAUAUGAAAAUUCACACUGGAGAAAAACCGUUUACAUGCUCUCAGUGUGGAAAGAGUUUCAGAGACAGAAGCGCUCUCAAAGAGCAUCAGCUCUUUCACUCUGGAGUGAGAUCAUUCAGCUGUGAUCAGUGUGAUAAAACGUUUGUUGUUGCAUCGACGUUAAGAGACCACCUUAACAUUCAUACUGGUUUGAAGCCUUACAUUUGUUCAUUUUGUGGAAAGAGUUUUGCACGUCUGUACACUUUAAAAGUCCACCAGAGUAUUCAUAAUGGUGUGAGACCUUAUGUGUGUUUUGACUGUGGGAAGAGCUUUGCUACAACCAGCGACUUAAAAAAACACCAGCGGAUUCACACUGGAGAGAAACCGUACAAGUGUUCACACUGUGGAAAGAGUUUUGCUGAUUUAUCAGCUUUGAAAACUCAUGAGAGAAGUCAUACUGGAGAAAAGCCGUACCAGUGCUCUUCAUGUGAGAAGAGUUUUGUCUCAUCGUCUAGUCUACGGGCUCAUAUGAAAAAGCAUUGUCCGAAGUCGUCUAAUUGAGCAAAGUUCACAUUCAGAUGCAAUGACUUACAAGUAUUUUGACAUUCAGAUUAAGAAAAAGAUGGAAUUUAUUUGAAUAUAGAAAGUUUGAAUCUGGUGGCCUUUUGUCCUUCUCUUUUUACAACCACUGUAACAUGAUUUAUAUGAUUAAAUUUGACUGAAUAUCAGACAUUUAUUUACAUUAAAAUAUUUCUAAAGUUU